UUGACAAGUGCUUGUCAAAAAAUGGAGAAUUAAAUUAAAACAAUUUUCCUAACAACAAUUUAAUGUUUUAUAUAAAAAUAAGUUCAAUUGUUCAAACUUUGAGUUUUAUUUUCUUAAAUAAAUAUUGAGCACGAUGAGAAAUUGUUUUAUCCCAGGAUGUGACAGACUUUGUCGAAUAAAAGGAACAAUAAAACGAAAAAUGUUUGUCGUUCCAAAGGAUAAAGAAACAUUCAAUGCUUGGGUAGAUGUUCUGCCGAAACAACGUGAACUUAAAGCCCACGACAAAGUAUGCGAGAGGCAUUUCGAUGAUAACGACAUCAGCACAACCUACGACAACAUCAUCAAUGGACAACUCUAUAAAAUGGAACGAGGACGACCUAAGCUCAAGCCAAAGGCUAUUCCUUCUAAGAACUUUGACUGCGCAGAGACUACACGACGAUUGAAUAACUCGGUUAUUAAUAGAAAACACAAGAUUCCAGUCGAGGAAAUUACUGCAGAAGAUACCCAGGUUUAUGAUUCAAUGACUCUUGAAGAACAGGAACUGGAGGUGGACGGCGAGGUGCAGGAAAUAACAGAAAUUUGCCUUAAAGACACUCAAGUUCCUGAAACAACAACAGAGACGGCGGCGGCAAUAGUGCCCUACGAGUUGAAUUCCGAUGAGAAUCAAGUCGAUGAGGGCGAAGAGAAUGAAGCUCGUGAGCUAUUCGAAUCUCUGUAUGAUGACAUCUACGAAGUGGUUCUGCCCAACACUUUGUGGGGCGUCCAUAGAUGUCCCGAGCACAGUUCAAUAUUCUUCUCAUUUGUCGAUCCGAGUAUGCUGCGGACAACGAAGAUGAUCUCAAUAUCCUGCCAUGGUGAAGUCAAGAUCCUGCUCGGCAGUCGUUUGAUGAAUGAACAAAACCUUAUGACUGACAUAGCCUCCAUAGAAUCACUCACAGCUCUAAUCACCGAGAUUGAUGAACUGCUGCUGUGUUCGAAAGUCUUUGACAAUGAAUUCUGUGAGGUCUCAAUAAAAGAUUCAGACUCAGAAGUGUGCGACGCUUGCGCACAGGUGGAAAUUCUAUGA